CAGAAAUUAUACGUCAUUUCACCUUCUACUACAUUUCCCAUGAACACCCUCUGUCCUGAAGCUACACCGGACAUUAUGGCAGGAAUUGGAGCUUUCCUGAAAAAUGCUUGGAAUAAGGAGCCAGUUAUCGUGGCCUCCUGUGGGAUUGGCCUUGUAGGUAUUAUUCUUCCAUUCAUCAGCCCCUAUACAAAAUACACAGCAAUGAUAAAUGAAGCCACGCCAUACAGUUAUCCAGUUCCUGUGAGGGAUGAUGGAAACAUGCCUGACGUUCCCUCACAUCCCUCUGAAGCUAAAGGAAGAAGCUUGGAAUGGCUUAAAAAGCUAUAAAAUGAGCAAAAAUACCUGUUGCUCCUCCUGUUUGUGUGUUUCUUCAGUUUGCCCAAUUGUAAUUGCAUUACAGUAAAAAUUCUAUUUAAUCCUA